ACCAUUUACAAAGUGACGUACAUCAGGAAUCCCUUCUGCAUGAGUUAUCUUAUUAGUUUGUGGACGUGUUACUUGUUGAAUUUAUGUUAACAUAUCUUAGUUAUGUCAACGGUAUCUUCCUUCAAGCGAGAAUCGCCUGAUGGGUCUGAGAUAUGUGCAUGUGCUUGCCUUAGUGUCGAUGCCUUUCUGCAUGCCUAUUGUUCAGUAUGUAUUAACCUGCUUUUUUAUUCUUCUUGUUUCCUGCCUGCCUCAGCCCACCUUCUAGCUGGUAUUGUUCUUAAGUAGAAUGCAUGCGGCUUCCAUUGGCAUGAGGAAGAAGGAAAGACACAGUAUUGACUUAACAUGAAUUCUUUGAGUUAUGAUGUGACGUAUAAGAAAAUUUGAUCAUAUUUUCUCAAUUUGUAAUGGGAAAUGAGGCACUGUAUAGUUGUUUGAAUUACAUAUUUAACUUUAACUGUUCUGUGUUAUAAUUAAGAUAAUGAAGUAUUUGUAAUUAUGAUGUCGUGGUGGAGUUUCAUCAUAUAUUUCUAGGAAGUGAGAUGUUGAUUUCUUUCUGCAGGUAAAAUUUUGGAGAAUUAGAUAACCUACAAGGAGUUUGCUGCUGUGGAUGCUUUUCGACACCCUUUUAUGAGCUGAGUUGUAUUGAAACAGGUCUGGCAAUGAACACGCAAAAGCUUCAGUGAUGUGUCAUGUUGUAGAGAUUUGAGAGGAAUUGAUCUGGUACUGGUGAAGUUGCAUAGCACAAGUGUGUCUUAAUGACAGUGGAAAUGGGACCGCCACACCAUACCAUGAAUUUUCAGGCCAUAUUCUGGAGACUAAGAUAUCGUGGGAAGUUGCUGAUGAUGGUAGCCCUGUGUCACCAGCAAUAGACGUCAGCGGCAAUGUGACAAGUCAGACUGAAUGAGGAGGGAAACAUCAAUGGAAUGAGGUGAAGAGUGUUGUUGAGAAUUGUUCAGCUACUGGGUAUGUUACAGAGACAUAAUGGGUCCUGGUGUUGGUGGAAAUGAUACCGCCACAACAUACCACCAUUUACAAAGUGACGUACAUCAGGAAUCCCUUCUGCGUGAGUUAUCUUAGUAGUUUGUGCACGUGUUACUUGUUGAAUUUAUGUUAACAUAUCUUAGUUAUGUCAACGGUAUCUUCCUUCAAACGAGAGUCGCCUGAUGAGUCUGAGAUAUCUGCAUGUGCUUGCCUUAGUCUCGAUGCCUUUCUGCAUGCUUAUUGUUCAGUAUGUAUUAACCUGCUUUUUUAUUCUUCUUGUUUCCUGCCUGCCUCAGCCCACCUUCUAGCUGGUAUUCUUCUUAAGUAGAAUGCAUGCGGCUUCCUUUGGCAUGAGGAAGAAGGAAAGACACAGUAUUGACUUAACAUGAAUUCUUUGAGUUAUGAUGUGACGUAUAAGAAAAUGUGAUAAUAUUUUCUCAAUUUGUAAUGGGAAUUGAGGCACUGUAUAGUUGUUUGAAUUACAUAUUUAACUUUAACUGUUCUCUGUUAUAAUUAAGAUAAUGAAGAAUUUGUAAUUAUGAGGUCGUGGUGGAGUUUCAUCAUAUAUUUCUAGGAAGUGAGAUGUUUGAUAUUUUCUGCAGGUAAAUUUUUGGAGAAUUAGAUAACCUACUAGGAGUUUGCUGCUGUGGAUGCUUUUCGACAUCCUUUUAUGAGCUGAGUUGCAAUGAAACAGAUGUGGCAAUGAACACGCAAAAGCUUCAGUGAUGUGUCGUGUUGUAGAGAUUUGAGAGGAAUUGAUCUGGUACUGGUGAAGUUGCAUAGCACAAGUGUGUCUUAAUGGCAGUGGAAAUGGGACCGCCACACCAUACCAUGAAUUUUCAGGUAGAGGCAUUUCGACCCGCUGAUCACCCUCCUAAGGCGUCCUACCGAAUGUGUGAGAUGUAGGAAAAUCGAAGUGAACGGAGAAGGUGAUGGGGGUAGGCUUAGGACCUCUGUGGCUGUAGUGGGAACGAAAAAGAUGAUUGUGUACCAGGACUAUAUCUCUGACCGUCAUCAUUUGCAUAUGACUUCUACACAGUGGGAUACAUUGACAGACUUUGUGAAAUGGCUUGGGAAAGAAGGAAAGUGCAAGGUGGAUGAGCCUGAAGAAGGAUUGUAUGUCCAGUAUAUAGACCGUGACCCAGAAACAAUUGCCAUGCAAGAAGCUGUUUCCCGCAAGGAGAAGAUCCACAGAGACGAGCGAGAGAGGAUGAUGUCCUUUAUUGAAAAGCAAAUUGAGAAGGGGAAAGAAAGUUCCAGGAAUGACACACACGUCUUCACGGAGUUUGUGCGACCAAGCGAGCAACAUAAAAUUGUUGUAAAUUUGAAGCUAGAAACAAAAAGGACAAAAGGGGAUGAGGACAUGAGAAAUAAAACUUUGGUGGCACGUAAUGCAUUGAAGAAUUGUUCUUCAGCAGGAAACCGAAAAGACUCAAAAGAAUCUGGAGGAGGGAGAGGUGAAAAGAGGAAGUUAUCAGCCCUUGGUGAGAUCAUUAAAGAUGAAGAGAACAAGAGAGAACGUAUAAACAGAAAGGAUUACUGGUUGGUGAAAGGAAUUGUUGUGAAGGUGAUGGCAAAGUGUCUGGGUGACAAAUACCACAGGAAGAAAGGGUUGUGACUGGAGUGCCAGAUAAUUGUGUAUCUACAGUAUGCAUGUUAGAUAGUGGACACAAACUAAAACUAGACCAAGAACAUCUUGAAACUGUGAUACCAGCAAUAGGGCGACCUAUGUGUGUUGUAAAUGGUGCUUAUAGUGGUUGCAGUGCCAUGCUUAGUGAACUGGAUCAGAAGAAAUUCUGUGUAACCAUUGAAAUAUCCUCAGGCCCUUUGAAGGGCAGAAUAGUUGACAGGGUGGACUAUGGAGAUAUCUGUAAAUUAUAUGAUGUAGAUAUGUGAAUAUGAUAUAACAUUAAUGUGACAUAUUUGCAAGUUUAAAGAAGGUUUGAUCCUGUAAGAAAUAAUAAGAACAAAGCAUAUAAAUUUAACUACAAUGCUCUUUGCAGUGAGAUAUUAAUUCUGUAAUUCAGUUAAUAAGCCAUCAUUGUAGCAUCUCCAGUGAAUUAUAAAGUGUUACCAAUGAGAAGUUUAA